CAUGCAGUCGAGAAGCAGAGAUCGCGACGUUACGUCGUCGUCGCCAUUUUGUUUCACCGGGAGUAAAGAAAUCAACCUGAAAAGCACCGGGCGUGAAUAUUUUUCCUUUAUUUUUGAGCACUUUCAACAGGGCGGAUCGGCCUCGUGCACCUGCAGUUUUAGAUUAGCGUGAUGUCUGCAGACAUGGCCACAGAUCAUGUAAACGGGAACGGGACGGAGGAGCCGAUGGACACUACAGCCGAGGUGACCCGCUCGGAACACUUCCCAGCUCUACUCGAGGCUGGUCUACCUCAGAAUGUGGCUGAGAAGCUAGAUGAACUUUACGUAGCAGGCCUAGUAGCACAUAGUGACCUAGACGAACGAGCUCUUGAAGCUUUGAAAGAAUUCAACGAGGAGGGAGCUCUGCAAGUGCUGGUCCAGUUCAAAGAGAGCGAUCUGUCACACGUGCAAAACAAAAGUGCCUUUCUCUGUGGAGUGAUGAAGACGUACAGGCAGAGGGAGAAACAAGGGACGAAAGUUUCAGAUUCCACUAAAGGACCCGACGAGGCCAAAAUCAAGGAGCUCCUGGACCGAACCAACUACACACUCGACGUAACAACGGGCCAGCGAAAGUACGGCGGACCCCCGCCGGAGUCGGUGUACUCGGGGGCCCAACCCAUCGUUGGAACAGAGAUAUUUAUCGGGAAGAUUCCCCGCGACUUGUUUGAAGACGAGCUGGUUCCUCUCUUUGAGAAGGCCGGGCCGAUCUGGGACCUGAGGCUCAUGAUGGACCCGCUGAGCGGCCUUAACCGAGGAUACGCCUUCGUCACCUUCUGCACCAAAGAAGCAGCGCAGGAGGCGGUGAAGUUGUGCAAUAAUCAUGAGAUUCGUCCCGGCAAACACAUCGGUGUUUGUAUAUCUGUCGCCAACAACCGGCUAUUCGUUGGCUCCAUUCCCAAGAGUAAAACAAAGGAGCAGAUUGUUGAAGAGUUUGCUAAAGUCACAGAGGGCCUCAGUGACGUCAUACUGUACCAUCAACCCGACGACAAGAAGAAGAACCGGGGCUUCUGCUUCCUGGAGUACGAAGACCACAAAACGGCCGCUCAGGCUCGCCGCCGGCUCAUGAGCGGCAAGGUGAAGGUGUGGGGCAACGUGGUGACGGUGGAGUGGGCCGACCCCAUCGAGGACCCGGACCCGGAAGUCAUGUCCAAGGUGAAGGUUUUAUUUGUGAGGAAUCUGGCCAAUGGCGUCACAGAGGAGCUGCUGGAGACGUCCUUCAGUGAGUUUGGAAAGCUGGAGCGAGUCAAGAAGCUCAAAGACUACGCCUUCAUUCACUUUGAGGAGAGGGACGGUGCAGUGAAGGCGUUGGAGGAAAUGAACGGGAAGGAGCUGGAAGGAGAACCCAUCGAGAUCGUUUUUGCCAAACCGCCCGAUCAGAAACGGAAGGAGCGCAAAGCUCAGAGACAAGCGGCCAAAACAGUAAUGUACGAUGACUAUUACUACUACUCUCCUCCCUCACACAUGCCGCAUCCGGUCAGAGGCCGUGGCAGAGGCGGCAACCGUGGAGGCUAUGCCGCCUACCCCCCCGACUACUACGGGUACGAGGACUACUACGACUACUACGGCUACGACUACCACAACUACCGCGGCGGCUACGACGACCCUUACUACGGCUACGACGACUUCCAGGCCCCUAGCAGAGGACGGGGCGGUAACCGGGGUUCCCGGGGCGGAUCCUCUCCGGCCAGAGGACGCGGCGGCUCCGGAGGCGGUGGCGGUGCACCCAGAGGGAGGGCCAACUUCUCCCAGCGGGGCGGGCCCGGACCAGGCCGCGGCGGGCGGGGAGCAAGAGGAGGCAGCCUGCAGCCAAGAGGGCGAGGAGGGGUACGUGGUGCUCGGGGUGGCCGCGGUGGAAAUGUAGGAGGAAAGCGCAAAGCUGACGGGUACAACCAGCCAGAUUCCAAGCGUCGCCAGACCAAUAAUCAGAACUGGGGCUCUCAACCCAUUGCUCAGCAACCGCUUCAAGGUGGUGAUCAUUCUGGUAACUAUUCCGGUUACAAAUCCGACAACCAGGAAUUUUAUCAGGAUUCUUUUGGGCAACAGUGGAAGUAAACCAAGUAGGGCUUUGAUAACAAAAAAUACGUGGUUUGUUGGUUUUUUUUGUCUUUUUUUUAAUUUAGAGACUUGAUCUGAUUGGCCCUCAAUCUCAUACGGUUGCCGGCAAUUUUUAUUUUUUCUCCUCAAAAUUGGUGGCAUCUGGCAAGAUAUCUUUUUGUACAUAUUUUAAUAAUCCGCUUGGACUCGAACCGUAGUCACUCCAACUUGUUUCUGGCGAACUGGUUUUCUUUCUACCCCCCUUUUUUUAUUUUUUAAAAAACAAACAUAUGUUCGUUUUUAAAAGAUUUAUCAUCACGUUUGAGAAAAAUUUUAGAUGCAAAUAUGUGCUCGAGCUGUCUAUUUGGCUAUAGCUUUAUGUAUGUUUUUAGAGAUUCUGGUUUCCAUGUUUUAAGUAGCUAACAGCAACAAAGCAUAUGUCUCCUAAACUUGUAUUUAAAAACAAAUGAAAUUACAAUUUGUAUUGUCACAAAGU